AUGCUACCAACAGUUGGAGACUCUUACCACCGAACCAAGGAUUAUGAUGAUUACUAUAGGGAGUUGUUGAAUUUGCAUAACUUGAUAUCAGUGAAUAUAAGUUACAAUGCACUUAAUGCCUCCUCUCGGACAAUUGAAGCUUUGUGUCAAGUAAAAAGCCUUCAAGAGUUGGAUCUUAGUUGGAACAAUUUUGAAGGGAUGCUUCCUCCAUGUCUCCACAAUCUAGCGUCCCUUAGGAUCUUAGAUCUAUCCCAUAACCAACUCGAAGGAAACAUUCCAUCCUCUCUUUUGACCAGUUUGACAUCACUUGUACACAUUUACUUAAGCUAUAAUGAUUUUGAGGGAACAUUUACAUUCAACACCUUUGCUAACAAUUCACAACUUGAGGUGAUUGACCUUAGUAGUGGUGGAAACAGAUUAGUGGUAGAAACUGAAUAUCCCCCUUGGGUUCCACCUUUCCAAUUGAGAGCACUUUUGUUAUCAAACUGCAAUCUCAACCAGAAAUCAAAUGCUUUCCCCAGAUUUCUUUCUAACCAAUACAAACUAAGAAAAGUUGAUCUCAGACAUAACAAUUUGAGGGGAAAGUUUCCUAGUUGGUUACUUGAGAACAACAAAAUGUUAAGAGUUGUAAUACUGAAAAAGAACUCACUAACAGGCCAUUUUCCCUUACCAUCCUACAUCCAUAGGGAUUUAGUUGGUAUAGACAUUUCAAACAAUUUCAUCGAUGGUCUACUUCAAGAAAACAUUGGCCAUAGACUUCCGUACUUACAGUACUUGAAUCUAUCAAAAAAUUGUUUUGAGGGUGAUAUUCCUUCAUCGAUUGGUCACAUGAAACGGUUGUUUAUUUUGGAUCUGUCUAAUAAUAAUUUUACAGGAGAAUUUCCAGAACACAUGGCCAGAAGCUGCAUCCACAUGUCCUAUUUAAAACUUUCCUAUAAUAGAUUGCAUGGACAAUUAUUCCCUCCAUUUUUCAACUUGACUAGUCUAACUUCAUUACAUUUGGAUAACAACUUAUUCUCAGGAGAUAUCUUAGAUGGGUUGUCCAAAUGCUCGUAUCUGCGAGUGUUGGAUAUUGGCAACAAUGAGAUCAUAGGAAGAAUCCCUAGUUGGAUAGGCAACCUUACAAGCUUGGAGAUGCUUAACAUGCAAAGUAAUCUUUUAAAAGGAAACAUCCCAAUUGAAUUCCAGAAACUUGAGGUCUUGAACUUUCUAGACCUUUCUUAUAACCAGCUUUCAGGCUCCAUACCACCAUUGAACUCAACAAGCUUACAUCAUCUACAUUUGCAAGGAAAUGGAUUCACAGGAUCACCACCAAUCUCAGUUGUCAACUGCUCAAGCCUAUUAACAUCGGACAUAAGAGAUAACAACUUAUAUGGUUCUAUUCCUGAUUUCAUAGGUGGCCUUACUGAUUUGAGAAUUCUUUUAUUAAGGCAGAAUCAUUUGCAUGGUCUAAUACCAGAUCACAUGUGCCAAUUGGCAAGGAUAACUAUAAUGGAUCUUUCCCAUAACACCCUUUUUGGUUCAAUACCCCGAUGUUUCAAUAACAUCACAUUUGGGAGGAUACAAGGCACAUCAUCUGUAUUUGACCAAGAGAGUCUUGGGUGGUAUGAAUCUGAUGACAAUGUUUACCCAUACGAUGUUGUUGAAGAACUUGGUGAAGCAGAGGAAAUAGAAUUCAUAACAAAAAGUAGGUCUUAUACUUACAAGGGUGACAUCCUAAAUUUUAUGUCUGGGUUAGAUUUAUCUUUCAACAACCUAUCAGGUGAGAUCCCACAAGAAUUAGGAGACCUGAAUGAAAUUCAUGCAUUAAACUUGUCAUACAAUCAGUUGACUGGAUCUAUCCCCAAAUCCUUUUCAAACCUAACUCAAAUAGAGAGCUUAGACCUUUCCUAUAACCAGCUGAUCGAGGAAAUCCCUUCAGAAUUGACCAUACUAUACAAUUUGGCAGUCUUCACUGUGGCACACAACAAUUUAUCUGGUAAGACUCCAGAGAGGAAAGCACAAUUUGCAACAUUUGAUAUCAACAGUUAUGAGGGCAACCCUUUCCUUUGUGGAUUGCCUUUGCUAAAAGAUUGUUCCCCAAGUGUAGAACCAACCAACACAUCAGUAAAUGGUGUCAAGAACAUUGAGGAUGAUAUCAACAUCAGCAUUUUCUAUGCAAGUUUUACUGCUUCGUAUGUCAUGUGCUUGUUGGGAUUUGCACUUGUUUUCUACAUCAACCCUUACUGGCGAAGGACAUGGUUUUACUUCAUUGACAAAUGUAUCCAUUCAUGUCAUGGUUUUGUCUCUGAUGCUUGGUAUAAUUUAUCUGACCAUGUAUUUAAUUAG